GUGCACGAGCGGUGACUGAAAAAUAAAAACGUGAACUCUUAUUACUCUUAUAGUAGUGUUUAUCGAGUAAUUUGUUAUUUAAAUAUUGAAUAUGAUAUAGAAAAUUUAAAAAAUGGCCUUUAAAUCGACAUUUGCGCCUUCUUCGUCGGGCCUGACAUCGGUGGAUCCUGACUAUGUACAGUUCUUGAUGUUUAGUGACGAAGAUGUGAAGAAGCUUAGUGUUGCAAAAAUAACCAACAUUCAGAGUUUCGACUCCUUAGGAAACCCAACAAAGGGUGGUCUCUACGACUCUGCUCUCGGACCAUUACGAGACAGAAAUGAAACCUGCUUAACUUGCAAUAAUGUCCUGUUACAUUGUCCAGGACACUUCGGACACAUAGAGCUACCACUAGUUGUUGUCAACCCAUUAUUUAUGAAAAACAUCUACACACUCUUUCGUGUCAGUUGCCUUAAAUGCUUCAAAAUUCAAAUGAGUGACAGAAUGAAGUUUAUUUUAAAACUUCAGUUGGAGUUAGUUGAUGCCGGUCACAUCACUGCGGCAUUAGACUUAGACAAUUUUGUUGGAGAAAUAAAUGGCGGUAAAGAUAGCUCACCUGACAAGCCUAAUAAAGUCAUCAGAAAAUACCAAAAACUAUUGAAGACGAAAGAUCCAGUUGUAGAAACAUUUCAAAACAAAAACACUGAUAAACUUCGAGCAAAGUUCAUAAGCCAGUACUUCAAGGCAAUCAAUAUAGCAAAGAAAUGCGCAUUUUGUGGCAAUAAACUCAUCAAGGUGACAACAUCAGAAAAUAAAAUUAUGUAUAAUCUAAGUGCUGAAGGUACAGCUGAAAAAGGCACAAAGGGAAUAAAAAUUAUGAUGCCUGAUGAAAUCAAAAGAUUUUGUACUGCAAUAGCUCAAAAUGAUGAAGAUAUAUUGAAGCAUUGUUUACCAAUACUGAAGAACUCAACAGUACAACCAAUUACUAAUACCUUUUUCUUAGAUGUUAUACCUGUCUUACCACCCUGUGUCAGACCCUGCAAUGUUUUAAAAGGAGAGGUCAUUGAACAUCCUCAGACUAAUGUUUAUAAAGCUAUACUCCAGAAUGCUUUUGCAGCGAGAGCAGUAUUGCAUGUUCUAUCGUCUUCAGAUCAAAAGAAAGCAAUAGACUGCCUUGAUCAAGUACCGAGGCUGGCAUAUGAGGGAGUUCAAGGCAAAACACCACCAGAAAAACUACAUUUUGUGUGGCAAGAGCUGCAAAAAAGCAUUAACAGUCUACUGAAUUGUGAAGGUCAAGGGUUAUCAAGUCAAGGUCUCAAACAAAUCAUUGAAAAAAAAACUGGCUUGAUAAGAAUGCACAUGAUGGGUAAGAGAGUAAAUUUCGCAGCUCGGUCUGUUAUCACACCAGACCCUAACGUUGACAUUGAUGAAAUAGGCAUACCUGAUGCCUUUGCUAUGAAACUAACAUACCCAGUGCCUGUCACAGAGUGGAAUGUCGAUGAACUACGGAAGAUGGUUAUCAAUGGACCUAAUAAACACCCUGGAGCAGAGAAAAUUGAGAUGGAGAAUGGAAGAGUUAUUACAAUAGCUACUGACUCUAUACAAAAGAGGAAAAGUCUUGCCAAAAGAUUAUUGACACCAGAUGAGUAUAAGGGAUCUGGAUUAAAAAUUGUUCAUAGACAUUUAGUGAAUGGCGAUGUCUUAAUUUUGAAUCGACAACCAUCGCUGCAUAAGCCCAGUAUGAUGGCACACAGAGCUAGAAUCCUGAAAGGAGAAAAGACCCUAAGAUUGCAUUAUGCCAAUUGUAAAUCUUAUAAUGCUGAUUUUGACGGUGACGAAAUGAACGCCCAUUUUCCUCAGAAUGAGAUCGCGAGGAGCGAAGCUUACAAUAUCAUGUCCGUGCGUAAACAAUACCUCGUGCCUAAAGAUGGCACCCCACUCAGUGGUCUCAUUCAAGAUCAUGUAAUUUCUGGAGUAAAAAUGUCACUCAGGGGUACAUUUUACACAAAAUCUGAUUACCAGCAAUUGGUCUUUCAAGCUUUGCCUAAUCACAAGGGCCCAAUAAAACUUUUACCACCUACUAUCUUAAAGCCUAUGGUGUUGUGGUCCGGCAAACAGGUGCUAUCUACAAUAAUCAUCAAUACCACGCCUAAAGGCAAACCUUGCCUAACCUUAAUUGGCAAAGCUAAAAUUAGUACUAAGGCGUGGCAGAAAACGCCUGCACGACCUUGGAAAGCUGGUGGCACACCUUUCACAAAUCCAAAUACGAUGUCAGAAGCCGAAGUUAUCAUUAGUAAAGGAGAACUUCUGUCGGGAGUACUGGACAAAACUCACUACGGAGCCACACCAUAUGGCUUGGUCCACUGCAUGUAUGAAUUAUAUGGAGGCGACAGUUCAAGUGCUUUGCUCAGUUCAUUUUCGAAAGUAUUUACAUUUUAUUUGCAAUGGAUUGGAUUUACACUUGGCGUGAAAGAUAUUCUGGUCGUCGACGAAUCUAACAGCAAACGCGACGAUUAUAUAUGUUUAGUGAGAAAUGCUGGAAAAGUAGCAGCCGUAAAAGCUACCGAUUUACCCGCAGACGUAGACGACGAAAAAUUAAAAGAAACAAUUGAAAUUAUGUACACUAAAGAUCCUAAAUUCAGAACUAAUUUGGACAGACAGUACAAAACUAUGUUAGAUUCCUAUACAAAUAAUAUUAAUACUGCCUGUUUAUCUGAAGGGUUACUUGAAAAGUUCCCUUAUAAUAACCUGCAAUUGAUGGUGCAGUCUGGUGCUAAAGGAUCAACUGUAAACACUAUGCAGAUUUCAUGUUUACUGGGCCAAAUUGAGUUGGAAGGCAAAAGGCCACCUCUAAUGAUAUCUGGUAGAUCUUUACCCAGUUUCCCACCCCACGACAUCUCACCAAGAGCCGGUGGUUUUAUCGACGGUAGGUUCAUGACGGGAAUACAGCCACAAGAGUUCUUUUUCCAUUGUAUGGCUGGGCGUGAAGGUCUUAUUGAUACUGCUGUAAAAACCAGUCGAUCAGGUUAUUUGCAAAGAUGUCUGAUUAAACAUUUAGAAAGUUUAAUGAUUGCCUAUGAUCAUACAGUAAGGGAUUCUGACAAUAGCGUCAUUCAAUUCGCUUACGGAGAAGAUGGUUUAGAUGUACUCAAGUGCCAAUUUCUUAGACAAGACCAGUUUCCAUUCCUUGAUGUUAACUCAAGCGCUGUUGUCUCUGAAAAAGUUAUCGAAAAACUGAAAGAGGACACUGAUUUAAAAACCGUAGUUAAAUCCAAUAAAUCAUUGAAGAAAUGGAAGAAAAAGAACGGUAGUCCCUUUGAGAAGACACGUACAAGUGGAUUUGCUCAAUUCUCAGCUAUCGAAAGAAGUCAAAUAGAACUGGAUGACUUACCAACUGAUAGAACUAGAGAUCCAUUUUACUGGGAGCUCGAGAAAAAGUGGCGAGCGAUGGAUGAAGAGGAAAAAGCACAAUAUGCAAUAAAGAAAUGCCCUGACCCAAUCCCAAGUAAGAUGUCACCUGAUUACAAAUUCGGUGUUAUCAACGAACAUUUAGAUGGUUUAGUACAAAGUUACUUGAAAAAGCGUCAUGCUAGUACUUACAGUAAAUAUACAGAUAAGGACAAGUUUAUAGAAGUUAUGAAUGCCAAAUAUUUAGAAUCCAUGGCGGCGCCUGGCGAACCUGUAGGACUGCUAGCUGCUCAAUCUAUCGGUGAACCAUCUACUCAGAUGACACUGAACACCUUCCAUUUUGCUGGUCGUGGUGACAUGAACGUGACGCUUGGUAUACCACGUCUUCGAGAAAUCCUAAUGACAGCUUCCGCUAAACUUAAAACGCCCAACAUGGACAUACCUUUCCGCGAAGAAGUUCAAGAUGUAACAAAGAAGACAGAAAAAUUAAGGCAGAAGUUGAAUAGGGUCACCGUUGGAGAUGUGUUAGAAAAGAUUGAUGUUGAAUGUCAGAUAGUAACACACCCAGAGAGGAAAAUGAAGACGACCAUGCGAUUCCAAUUUCUACCUUAUGCACAAUACAAGACACAAUAUGCAGUAAAGCCGGCGCAAGUAAUUAAACACAUGCAGAACAAAUUCUUUGAGGAAAUGUUUUCUACGAUAAAGAAGCAAGCUAAAGCGACGUGUGGAGUUGUUUGGUCAGUUGAUAAGAAGACAAAACGAUCGAAGGGGAAUGAUGAGGAUGAUGAAGACGAUGUUCCUGACGCGGAGCCAGCAAACAAUGCUGACGUCGACAGCUCGGACGACGAGGCUCCUAAUGAAGAUGAUGACAAUACUGAUGCUAAACUGCGCAAAAAGCGAGCGGAAGAACAAGAAUAUGAAGAUCCUGAAUCCGGCGAAGAAGAGAAAUCUGAUGAUGAAGUGGAAUUCGCAGAUGAAGAACCCAAAAAGAAAGACGAUGAGCUCGAUUCAAAUACAGCCAAUGACUUCGAAACGAGCAAAGUUAUGUCCGACGUCGUUUCUAACAUCAAAGAUGCGACGAACUACACCUUUGACACGAAACAUCACAUGUGGUGCGAGUUGACCGUAUUGUUCCCAAUCGCUUUCCUAAGAGUGGACCUAUCACAGGCCCUGCGCGAAGCCGCCAUGAAAUCCGUAAUACACGAAGUCAAGAACAUAAAACGAGCGAUCACCAACAAAGAAAAGAAUGUGCUAUAUCUCAAAACUGAGGGAAUUAACAUCCUGCAAAUGUUCAAGUAUAACCAUCUGUUGGAUUUGAACAAAUUAUACAGUAACGAUGUGCACGCUAUAGCCAAUACUUAUGGCAUAGAAGCAGCUAACAAGGUGAUAAUCAAAGAAAUACAGAACGUAUUCAAUGUGUACGGUAUUACUGUGGAUCCUCGCCAUUUGACGCUAAUAGCUGACUACAUGACUUACAAUGGGGUCUUUGAACCUAUGAGUCGGAAAGGCAUGGAAGCGUCGUCUUCGCCGUUACAGCAAAUGUCUUUCGAAUCGUCGUUGAUAUUUUUGAGGGAAGCCGUGUUGAACUCGAAGAAGGAUAACAUUCGCUCAGCGUCAAGCUGUCUCAUGUUAGGCCAGCCUUGUAGAAGCGGGACGGGUAUAUUCACUUUACAACAUUACAGUAAAGUUGUUAGUUAAAAUGUAAUCAAACAAAUUGAUAACUUUGUUUAAGAAUAAAAUAUUUUUUGUUUACUACC